AAAACCAAAGACAGCAUCGGAUCAAGCCGGGACAAUUGGCUUAACGAUAAAAGGGGUUCACAUGGGACAUUUUAUCGGGGUGAUUGGAGCUGAUACACGAUGAGGCGUUAAAUUUAACCUGUGGCGCCGUGGCUGGCGGAUCGGGACGCAUCCGAAAUGGAGACUAUAACAUGUAUCGCCAUGUUUUUGCCCUCCCCAUUUGACUAGUCCGCGCAAGUAUUAGGAGGGUGGCGCAAGUAUUAGGAGGGUGGCGCAUGGCAAAAGGGGGGAAUUCGAUAGUAGGUAGCUUAAGCGGCGGUUGCCUAACCAAGCCCUAAAAAUGGAAACAUAAGUUGUUAAACUUGAUAAGCGCUAGACUGGUAUUUGUGGGGAUUUUUUUUCUGUACAGUGCCUUCGAUAGCACCUCUCAAACCAAGAACAUAUUCCAUAGAUAGAGUAUCAUGCAUCUAGACCAUAAGCUCCCUUGGAACACAGUCUCUUCACAUUUCGGCUUCAUCAAAGAAAACCAAUACAAGAACCGCAAGAACGACUUCGUUAUCCAUGACCGUUUCAUUGAUCGCGAGUCUGCUGAGUUAAACCACUUUACAAAAUCCCUUAUCUCCGUGAUUGAGGAGUUUGCAACUACUGAGCGAGCUAAGUACCCACCGUCUACGGCUCUGCCAACAUCCGGGCCUCUUUUCGACACGGCUAUUUUACCGGCCAUCGAACAGAAAUACCACCUCGAACCACACCGAACCAAUUCGGCAGUCUCCAAUCCCCUUUGUGAAGAAUUCCAGAAUGUCGACCAUUGGAUCCGCGAGGAUCCAUAUAGCACCGCUGAUGGGGACUUAGCUGAUGCCGUGAAAAUGCUCCUUAUCACCAAUGAAAUGCUCGCUUUACUACGUCUAGCAAACCACAAGAAGAUCCCGCUGGCGACCCUUGAUUCUCUAAGCUGGGGCCACAGCUUCGGUGUCAACCAUCUCCCGGACGUAGCUCUACAAGCCUACCUACUGCUGAACAUCGCCGCUGCUGUGAAAACCAAUGCCAAACGCGGGUCUGCAGAUGACACUGUCCGUCUGACGGAGACGCAGCGGUUCAGGUACUUUGCUGGUUGGGCGCUGGCAGAUCAUGACUACCCUACGCAGAAUAUCCCGCACCGUCUGUUUUGGAAUGCGAAGGGCAUCACUGAUGGCCAUUGCUCAUCGUGGGAUCCGUUGAGCCUGGAUACGGAUGUGGAAAGGGCAGAGAUGAAGGCGUAUUUGAAGAUGUGUUUUGAGUUGUUGUAUCGGUAUGACCUUUUGAUGAGGGAGUUGGGUAGAGAUCCAGGGUGGAGGGAGAGGAUCUUGGGUAUUCUGCGAAUGUGGGGAGCCCGGUCUGUUACUAUGGAUGAAUCGGGGUUCUGCUUUGCCUGACUGGGCUCGGUGAUGGAUCUCUGAUCUAGAACAAGGUAGGGAGAGAGAAGACAUGAGAGCUAAGCACUACAUAGUAUCAUCCAUAGUUGGAGUAGUGAGAAUCUAGUUCUCUCAUACUUAACGCGUUGGAGGAUGUUAUGGCCUUGAGGCCUCUUCAAGUAAGUAGCCAGGUGACGAUGUACACCCUACUCGAGAGAUGUCAUAUCGAAUGGAUGAUUCGGGGGUACAAAUGAGCAGCCAAGACUGCCAAGAUACCACACUAGUUCGAUGCUGCAUGACGUGGCCAAUUGAGUAUAUGCCAUAGGUCAGUUGGCUGUGUUUAUUCCCAUAUGUGACCCAGAGCGGAGAACACAGUAACUCUUGAUAACCAUAAACCUCCACGCAUGCAUUCUUCAGCUUCCAACACUGUUGAGAACGGUUUAUAGUAGGUUUGGUAGUGCAGCUUGACACCAGCAGAGGUUGAGUACCUGCGGUUGUAUGGGUCACUUAGAGAGGGAUACGAUGGAAAUAAUUGUCUAAACCGCAAUCAUAGAUUGACCAGCAGCUGUAAUGAAGUGAGUGGAGAAGCUA